AUGUCAGGAACUAGAGUCACUAGAAGGUCACAGAGGCAACAGGAAGCUACGGGGAAUGGUAUGAAUAAGCGCGAGCUGGAAGAUCAUGAAGCGCCUGUUUCGACCAAACCUUCGAAAAAGCGUGUCAAGGUUUCCAGCGGUCCUAAACCCGUAAGGACUACUGGAAAAAAACUGAACAGUAUUCCCUCUCUCUCUACUGAACUGUUAGACGUUUUUGUUUUUGGUACUGGUUCCAUGAAUGAACUCGGCAUGGGUGACUUAGAAGUCGACGUCGCUUAUAGACCUCGCCUUAACCCAAAUUUACCAAGAGACAAGAUUGGUGUCGUUGAUUUGGCCGUUGGUGGCAUGCACUCAGCUGUACUUUCUCAUGAUGGUCGCGUUUUCACAUGGGGUGUCAACGACGACUUUGCUUUGGGUCGUGCUACAAAGAACCAAACUGACAAAGAAGGAAACACAAUUGACAAUGAUUUAUUAGAAGGAACUCCUAAUCAGGUUACUGGUGCUAUCGAGCGUUUGAAAAUCACCAAAGUCUGUUGUAGCGAUAAUCUUACGGUUGUCGUCACAGAAAAUGGCAGCUGCUUCAGUUGGGGUACUUUUCGUUGCUCUGAUGGUGUUUUAGGGUUCAGCGCAUCCACGAAGCGUGCCCCAGAACCUGUUCAAAUGCCUCUUCCCGAAGUUGCGCAAGUUGCUGCUGGCACUGAUCACAUUCUUGCCUUGACAACAACAGGAAAAGUUUAUACCUGGGGAAAUGGUCAGCAAUGUCAACUCGGACGUCGCAUGAUGGAUCGUCGUCGACUUCAAGGCUUAAAACCGGAGCCUCUUGCCCUUAAAAACAUAGUGGCCGUUGGUGCCGGGGCUUACCAUUCCUUUGCUAUAAAUAGCAAGGGAAAGGUUUAUGCAUGGGGUUUAAAUAUGACAAAACAAUGCGGCAUUGCCGAUGAAGAAGAUGAAGAAGAAGGUAUUGUUACUAAGCCUACUUUAGUAGAGGCACUGGAACCCUACAAAAUAAAAGCUAUUACAGGUGGUGAACACCAUACCCUUGCACUAUUAGAAGAUGGACGAGUAUUGGCUUGGGGUCGUCAUGAUCGCCAUCAACUUGGUAUACCCGAUGAUGCAUUACCUGAAUCCCUUACCAAAGACGAAAAGGGCUACAACUAUACUGUAUCUAACCCUACUAUUGUCCCUGGAAUCUCGAAUGUUGUUCAAAUCUGCUGUGGUACCCACCAUAGUUUGGCAGUAACCAAUGAUGGUAAACUCUAUUCAUGGGGAUCAUCUGAGAAUUAUGAAGUUGGACAAGGUGACACUGAUGAAGAGAUUCAAGUGCCUACACUUGUUCGCUCUAAGGCUAUAAAGACGGCUAGUGUCCGUGUCGCAGGUGCUGGUGGUCAAUUUUCCGUGGCCGCUGGUGCUCCUACUGAAUUGGAUACGAAACCUUCUGAAGACGGAGUAAAGACUGAAAACGAAGUAAAAUCCGAAGAAAAGAAUGUUUCUAUUUCCCCAAAGCAAGAAACUGAAGAAUCAAAGCCUGUCACUACUGAGUCCACGGAAAUGCAUAUUGACCAGCAACCACCUACUACCGAAGAUCAAACAACUAUACAGAGUACUGAAGAAAAAAAGGAAUUUGCUGAAGAAACCGAAUCUACGUCUACUUAA